AUGGAUAAAUCGAACAAGAUGGAGGUCAACUCCGCGGCUUCGGCGGCUGCCGAAGGAGACAUUGCUUCUUAUACCGAGGGUGAUGUUGACCGUCUCCAGUCUAUGGGCUAUGUACAAACUCUAGAACGCAAAUUCUCUCUAUUCGGCCUUAUUGGAAUUUGCUUCUCUUUAACUAAUUCUUGGUGGUGCGUCUCUGCGGCUCUCGUUACCGGACUCGGCUCGGGAGGCUCAGCAUUGCUUCUCUACGGUACCACUCUACUCUUUAUUGUCUCCCUAGCCAUCGCUGUGUCUCUCGGCGAGCUUGUUAGUGCCUAUCCAAACGCAACGGGCCAGUCCUUCUGGGUCCGGGAGCUUGCACCGGCAAGCAUCGCUCGGCAAGCUAGUUACACCACCGGGUGGCUUAUCUGGGUCGGAUCCGUGUUUGCCUGUACCAGUGUGGCAUCCGCCAUGGGAUCUGCUCUCGUUGGGACAUAUGCAUUGACCCAUCCCGAUUUUGUUCCCCAGACAUGGCAUGUCUUUGUCGCCUUCCAAGUCUUCAACAUGUUUGUCUUUGCCUUCAACUGCUAUGGCCCAAUUCUUCCCAAGCUUGGGCAAGUGUUCCUCCUCGUCAGCCUGGCCUCUUUCGGCGCGAUACUAGUUACUGUUCCUGCUGUGGCGGAUAAACAUCAGCCAGCGACAUUUGUUUUCGCCACAUUCACCAACCUGACGGGAUGGAGUAACAACUUCAUGGCGUUUGCUGUAGGCCUGAUAAACGCCAACUGGGGCUUCAGCUGCUUGGACUCGGCUGUUCACUUGGCCGAGGAAACAGCACAUCCCGAGAGGGUUAUUCCACUUGUUAUCGUCGCAGUUGUGGUUAUCGGCUUUGUAACAUCGUUCUGUUUUCUUAUCGCGAUGCUCUUCAGCAUUCAGUCGAUCGAAAAGUUCCUCGAAGCUGCCGUGCCCAUUAUCGAGCUUUUCUCACAAGUCUGUCCGGCAACAGCAGGGGCAGUCGUUCUUGAGAGUCUCAUCAUCGCUACAGGAGUGGGCUGCCUUAUGGGUUGUCAGACGUGGUCAUCCCGCCUUCUCUGGUCGUUUGCACGCGACGGCGGUGUUCCGUUCCACUCACGCCUCGAAAUGGUUGACAGCCGACUAGACGUUCCCUUGGCGGCACACAUGACAAAUACAGCCCUGGUGGCAAUAGUAGGCUGUAUCUAUAUGGCGUCGACGACGGCCUUCAACGCCAUGAUUAUUGCCUGCAUCGUCUUCCCAAACCUGUCAUACGCUGUGCCAAUACUUUCGCUUCUCUACCAUGGACGAACAAAUCUUAUCCAUGGACCUUUCUGGCUAGGCAGAUUGGGCCUCGUCUGCAACAUCGUGGCGCUGCUGUGGAUUAUCUUCACUCUUGUUUUCUACUCCUUUCCGGCCGUCAUGCCCGUUUCUACUGGUAAUAUGAAUUACGUUUGUGCUAUCUACGGACUGGUUGGCAUUAUUAUCUCUAUUGAUUGGUUCUCCCGCGGCAAGAAGGUUUACCGCUCAGCUAUGAAUGCGGAGGGAGAAGCAGCAGCCAUGACAAACUAA